AUGGAAGAACUUCUCACCCCAGUAAGCCAGACUUACCGUAAACCAAGCCAGAACAAUGAGCAGUCGACGAUACCAAAUCCCGCCGGUCUGGUGCCGGAAGCGAGGAGUCGUGACUUUUUCGUCGUCUCAUCCCCGGAAGAGGCUAUCGACGCGCUUAGGAGCCAGCCAAGCUACGACACCCUCCUCUCUACGUUCAAGUAUCUAAAGGACGGCGUGCAAGGCAAGCAUCUAUUCGAUGUUAGGAGGCCCACCUCCCAGAGUGCCCAAGUCGUUCACAUUCUAAUUACGGAAAUUGUCCCCAACUACUGGGCUGUGAUACGAGACGCGUCCACCGGCCGGAGUAAAGGAGAUACCGAUGCGUUGAUUUCCUGUUUGCGGAGCCUCACGGGCAUCAACGCUGUGCUCGCCCGCCUGCGUGCCCUGCUGAAGGAAGCGAAAUCCGACUCAAAAGCUCUCAAAAACUCACACGUCGGCUUCAAUCUGACAUAUUCCUUGGAGUUGCUUUCUGAACUGCUCCAGAGCGACCAUGUAAUCACACAUAUUUGGAGCGGCAUCCGUUCACUGGACACUCCAGCCCAAACACGGCCCAUGCGGCAAGAGCUUUUCUCACUGUUCACGAGUGGAAAAAUCACAUCACUAUCCGCCGAGGCAGAAGACAUAUGCCGACAAACGGGCCAGUCGAAUGAUGAUUAUUGGAUUAGCAGCACCAAGGCGUAUGUAGAGUGGCUGGGCCGAAACGUGGUGACAUGCGCUCGGUCCUCGGGUGACCAGGAAGACCUUCAGCUGUGUGCUGAUAUAACAGCUCGAACACUGCGGUUGGGGAACCCGGAUAUCCUCAUCAACACGUUAUUCACAGAACUGCUGCUUCAUGAUGCCGAGAGCCAGCGAAAGUUUGAGCUGAUUCUAGGACUCUUCCCGGCUCUCGAGCAGCGAAAGGUUCUCGAUAUAAUCCUAGCCGUUCUCGCAGAUAAAUACUUAAACAACACAGACGGCAGCGAUGUAACAGAAAGUUCACCUGUUAUCUGCGCUGCGUCUGGCGCCUUGAAAGCGGUAGCGGGACACGAUGAAACAUGGAAGAACAACCUGGUGAGUUGGUUGACUGGCGCAUCCGGGGCUGGAAUUGGCGAGAACUGCAGUAUCAGACGGGCCGCCGUUGCUGUCUUUUCCGGUGAUAGGGAGGCCAUGGCUACCAUCGUAGAGAGAAGUUUAUGUCAGUUUGGUGACCAACUGUACAUCAAACACGCUCCAUUGCUCCAACAAGAUGCACACGCCCAAGUACUACUUCUGAGCGCCGGGUAUAUUCACAGGCUCUCGCCUAUCAAGUUAACGAUAUUGCUACGAUCAGGAAUUUACCUGAAUGCCAUAUCCAACCGCAUUGCCGCGUCUCAAACACGGGCCCGCUUCCUUGGGAUGGUAGUCGGCGAGGCCCUCUCAGGGCUCGUACACGGCAAAGAAACCAAGCUCGACUUCAAAAUGGACGAGAUGGACACCGAGGAAGCAAGAUGGUAUAAAUCAUUAGUCCUGGUAGCAGACAGCAUUGGCCCUCUAGACCCAUUAAAAGAAAUCGCCGUUACGCCGAAAUCCGUGUCCGGCGCGCGAUUUCAAGCACGGCCUACUGCAGCUUCAGCUAGCCGGCCAGCGAAACCGCUUCCUCAGUCAGGUUUUAUCAUCGAGGAAAUCGAAGACGGGGAGGAUGAAGAUCCAGACCUAGUGCCAUAUUCCAAACCAGAUUCUGACGCCGAGGACUCGGAUGACGACCCUACUCUCAUCAAUCGCAACAAGCCCAAAGCUCCUGUCUAUAUCCGAGACCUGAUCGCAUACUUCCGGGAUACAGAGAGCUACGACCGACAGAAGCUCGCUCUGGCCACGGCUCCGGCCCUGAUCCGUCGAAAGGCAAAUUAUGGUACGGAGGUCAGCUCGCACGCCGAGGAGCUCGCGACGCAGCUUGUCGGACUGCAGAACAAGUUCGAGCUCGACGACUUCGACAACCUGCGGCUUCAGGGCAUGGUUGCUGUCGUCGUGGCGCAGCCGAAGAAGAUGGCGCCGUGGUUCGCCAAGACGUUCUUCGAUGGCGACUACUCGCUGUCGCAGCGCGCGUCGAUUCUCAUCACGCUGGGUUUGAGCGGUCGCGAGAUCGCCGGCUUCGAGAUAUCCGAAUACACCCCGGCGGCGCAAUUUCCCUCGAAAACGCUCCCUGCCAAGAUCGAGAGGCGCUACCUCGCAUCUGCGCCGCCGUCGAGCCGGCUCGAGUCCUCAGCGUCCAGGCUUAAGCCUCUCGGUCCCAACGCGCUGGACACGCUCGCCCAGUCUCUCUCUCAGGCGUUCCUCGGCCCUCUGUCGGCCGAGGCGGCCGACGCAGUCACCGGGCCGGACGCGCUCAAGCUCUCGUCGUUCACGUCGCGGCUCGCGGCGGAGAAGGCGGCGGGGCCGCGAGGGGACGGCGCCGUCGCGAGGCCCCGCGCCCGCGCGAUCCCCAACACGACGGCCUCGCUGCUCGCGUCGUCGUUCUUCUUCCCGCUGACGUCGCGGUUCCAGGCGGCGGCGCGCUCGCCGGCGGCGACGCGGGCCGGCGGCGUGCUGUUCCAGCCGGACCUGCUCGCGCUGUACGUCAAGACGCUCGCGCUGCUGCUGCACGCGGCGGGACCCAGCACGCUGCCGCUGCCGCAGAUGACGGCGGAGCUGUGGGACCUGCUGCUCGCGCUGCGCAACCGGCGCGGCGGCGGCGCCGCCGGCGAGCUCGGCGUCGCCCGCGCCCUGCUGCUCGGCCUGGUCGCCCUGCUCGACGUCAACGAGCGCGACAUGCGCGGCCUGUGCGAGCGCCACGGCCGCGAGCUCGUCGAGACCGCCGAGUGGGUCGGCGCCCUGUUCGAGAACACCCGCGGCGGCGGCGACGGCGCCGGCCUCGGCGCCGCCGAGGAGAACGACCUCAAGAUGCUGGCCGCCGGCGUCCUGAUCCGCCUGCGCGAGGCCGUGGACAAGUACCAGGCGGUGCUGAUGGGGGACUUGAUCGGGUACACGCGAGACUAAGCAGGAGGCUGGGAGCGGGUGAGAAUCGAAGGAGAAUGAGCUGGCCGCUUCUCGGUGCUACGUAGAUGGGUAGAUGGAUAGGUUCCUACCUAGGUGGACUUGGUCCCUCGUUUCUGCGUGUUCCUACGC